AUGUCUUAUAUACUAUAACGUAUGGUAUCUAAUAAUGAUAAUAGUUAUCUAUAGCAAAAAUGUGCUACCAGUUGCAGGGAGUAUAGCCCACUCGCUUACGCUGGAGGGUUGCGCGGAAGGCGAUAAUUUAUUGAUGGGAAUGAAGAGAAGAGGACAGUAUGUAGGCCUAAACAGGUUGGCGUCUUGCCAAGCAUUGCCCGAAACCUGGCGAUCACUCCUUGUCACCCUUAAAAGAUCAAACUUAGGCACAUCUUUACGGCCGUAAUGAUUGCAGUGCUCAUGCAAAGAGCCAUUUGUGUAUGACCGUGCGGCAACUGUACCCCCAAGAUAUGCAGAACCUCUCCUCCACCUUCAUAUAUGCUUGCGACCACGGCUUUCGACCAGUGACACUCGAUCCACUUGCCGAAGUGCAAGCUUCGAUUUCAGCUCUUGAAAUCAUGCCAGUCUCUGUCCGCUGCCAUGCCCGCUGUGUGAGACCCACCCACCCUACUCUGUCUUAGACGUCUCCUCGCUCAUUGUAUUUCCAUUCAAUGUGCUGAAGCGAUAUUCGGCUACUGCUUGGUAUAUGUAUCGGUUCAGAUGUAGUCGAGAAGCAGGAAGGCUUAGUGGGUCGGAGGAGGGAUUAACGGCGGGCCUGCGGAGCUUGAGGGCGACGCGAUGGUCUAUCUCUUUGCCGCGGAAACUUUCGAGCUAGGUAUGGUCGUCCAUUAGACUGCAUCUCGAAGUUGUACGAUGGCUGUGUCAAAAGCUGAUUUGCGGUUUCGAUGCUGGACG